GCACAAGCCUUGAGUAAAACAUAUUUAGCCUUGGUCCGAAGGGGACUUACUGCAGCGACCUUCGGGAGCAAAUCAACUUCUAACAAGGCUAUGACGAUGCAGUUAUCGACGUUAGGUACAAGAAUUAACUGCCUACUGCUUUGAAACAACGUAGCAUGCAAUUAUCAGUAUAGGGAGGGGCGGAUAAUACUUACAAGUAAGAUGUAAUGCGCACAUAUCCCCAGCCCAAUACUGUAAAUGCAGAAAUGUUCGCGGUGGAUUAAUGUUCGCAGUUUUCGCGGUGACCACUUCACCGAGAACUUUAAACCACCAUCAGACUUCAGUCUCUGGUGUUGCCGUGAACUAAAUCCACCGCGAAAAGUCCUUUUUCCCGAUACCGAGAAAUUAAAUCCCCGCGAACUUAAAUGCAUUUACAGUAUCUGAGAAUGAACUUUGACAUGUCAGUUGUUGUCAGACUCACAAUAGGAUUAAGCAAAAGACCGGUUUGACUACUUGUCAUGCAGAAUGAACGCCUUUGGUGUACCAUUACCCAAAUCGUUGUCACUGUUGUGAUAUUUGUGCUUUACAGCUGGAAUAUCUAUCCUACAGGUAGGAUUAUAUCCAUCGUACACUUGAAAGAUACACGUACUUUUUUUUUAAAUUACGUAACAUAUUACAGGGUUAAAAGGGGCGGGCCUCAAAUAACCUAAAUGUACCUAAAUAGAGACUUGUCGGUUGAUAAACUGUGUUAUGUGUUUUAAUUCGUUAUGCCAGCUUUGCAGACCUGUAGUUUAGGAGCUUUUUUUAUAUUUUCACCAUCCUGCAUUAGCUUUGGGGUUUACUUAGGAUGCAAUCCAUAAAAUCAAAAUGGACCAAACCAUGAAUAAAGACUUAACAAAGCGUCACGUUUUAUCAUUUGUUACAGGAAGGCGUUGCAGCGCUGCCUAAGAACCUCCUUUAAAUGCCCACAAUGUAUCUUAGAAAGUUGACAAGUUCUUCGAUCAAGAUCUCUCAGUGUUUGAACUCAUCAGCUCGGAAGUCUGCUUUUGGCUUCCUUGCUUCGCAGCGUGCACGCCUGCGGGAAGGAAAGCUUCAAAGCUGGUCUACCCCUCCUACAAGCUCACCACCGUGUAGUAUCUGCCUCUGUAGCACCUUUACAGGUGUGAGAGAUGGAAGGACAGUGGAGGAUCCGAUCCCUGAUGAGGCAAAGACUUUGGAGUUUGAAGACCAUUUGAUCCUGAAGUACAAAGGGGUCAAACUACCGCUAAACUACGUCUGGCUCAGGGACCAUUGCAGGACAGGAGACAGUAUUAACCACGUGACCAAAGAGCGUAUGGUGGAUUCUGUCAUGAUUGACCCCAACAUCCAACCGGUGAAUGUCACUGUAAAAGAGGGGACUCUAAAAAUCAAAUGGCCCGAUGGUCACCAGUCGGAGUACGGCCUGGACUGGUUGCUUCACAACACGUAUGAAGGCCAGAAGCACGUUUGUGGGACCAUGGGCCCCUUUCUGUGGGACGCGGCAACCCUAUCAGCCUCCCCUCCUCCCAGGGUCCAGUACCAGGACUAUCUCACAAACGACAGGCAGCUGGCUAAGGUUCUACACACCCUGCUGAAAUACGGACUCGCCUUUAUUGAAGAAGCACCUGCAACAAUGGAAGCGACAUUGGCUGCGGCGGUGAGGAUCAGUCAUGUCCGUGAGACGUCCUUUGGCCGACACUGGGUUAUAACCAGUGACCAGCGACAGGGCGCAGGCUACACUACAGAGGCUCUCCCCCUGCACACGGACAACACUCACUUUAACGAACCGGCAGGGUUGCUGGUGUCCCACAUGUUGGAGGAAGGAGACUCCGGGGGAACCUCUGUACUUGUAGACGGUUUCCAUGCUGCAGAGAGACUGAGGCAGGACGACUCAGGGGGGUUUAAUAAUGAUACCUUUAUCCUUUUAUAA